AUGACGGUGAUGUGCCAGAAUGAAAUCCUCAGCGUCUUUGUAAGAUCAACAGGUACUAAUGCAGAGAACCAAGAUCCUUUGAAAAUCUUAAAGUUGUUCUUUGACAAUCCAAACUGCGACACUGAAAUGAGUCCGCCUCCUCGCUACAGAAAGGCCCUGAUCCUUCCCAGGAUCCUCAGCUUGCUACUCCACCCACCCCCUUUCCGCCUUCCAUCCCUCUACCCCUGGGAAGAAGCGCCAGAGCUUGGACUCCCCGCAGACAGCAGGGGGCGCCCUAGCAGGAGUCCUGCAGCUGCUCCCCUGAAGUCUGAUUCCUUCACGGUCUGGCUGAGGGUCCGGGAGAAGCAAAGAGCUUCUGGAGGGUGUGCAGGCUGGGGAAGACUUCGUAGAAGGUCUUGCCCAUGCUCUUUUUCCAAAGAGAAAAGUCUGCAGUCAGUGUGUGGAUGACCUGUAAACUUGGGCCGCAUGGUGGGUGGCCAGCAUGCUACUUUGGCAUGGCAGGUCAACCUGCGCUUUGACCAGACCCACACCUGUGGAGGUUCCCUCACUGGCGACUACUAAGCAGCACACUGCAUAGGAAAGUUCUCAUAUGUGUUUUUAUACAGUGUAGGGCUUGGAUCUGUUUAUGUUGACUUCUUAAGUAAAGGCGAGGAAUACUGCGUGUCCAGAAUCAUCAUCCAUCCCAAAUACUACAAUGGAAGCACAGACACCACCUUGCUGAGACUGUCCUCCCGGGUUACCUUUACCAUCCAGCCCGUCUGCUUGCCCAAUAUCUCAAAGUGGUUGACAGUUCCAGCCUCUUGUUGGGUGACUGGAUGGGGACAAAUUAAAAACAAUAAUUACCCUUCUACCCUCCAAGAAGUUGAAGUGCCCAUCAUUAACAAUCAGGCUUGUGAAGAGCUCUUCCACCCAAUUGGCAUCUUCUUGUCAGCACCGGAGCAGGUCAUUAAGGACGACAUGCUCUGUGGUGGUGAUAUCCAAACAAGUAAGGACAGCUGCAAGGGCAAAUCUGGAGGGCCUCUGGUGUGCUUCAUGGACAGUGUAUGGACUCAGAUAAGCGUGGUAAGCUAGGGUUUGGAAUGUGGUAAUCUUCCUGGUUUCUACACCAACGUGAUCUACUAUCAAAAAUGGAUCAAUGCCACUAUCUCCAGAGCUGGAGGCUUGGGUCUAUUUGACGGCUGGAUCUAUUUGACUUCUUGCUCCCUACUAUACUACUUUCUCUGGCUCUCCUGGGAUCCUCCUGAGCCUUUGGACCUAACAUUAUACCAGAACAGUAGGUGGUGCAGCUGA